AUGGAAUACUGCAAACAAGUAUUUUUCAACGACACUCAAUCUGCCGACUUAUUUUCAAACUUAGAAGCAAGCAAUCCUGAAAAACCUUGUGUAGAGUACGAUUGUUCUUACCCUGACGAUGCGGCAGAAGUCUGUGGCAUCAGGCAAGAUGGCGAUGGCUUCAGAGUUAGAUUGUUCCAAAACAAAUGCCAACUGAUACUUUACAACUGCAAAAACGACACCAAUUUUACCAUAACCGACCGUUACAUUUGCAACGGAUUAAAUAUAUCUAGAGACACAAACAAUUUGAAACUCAAUGUCAAAAGCAAUAAAGUUCUCAAGCCGAUUAUCGUCGUGGAUGCCUCAAUGUUCAACUUUAGGCACGUUAACGAAACCAUCGACAACUUUUUUGCUGCAACGCACCUCUUGAACGUGCCGCUAGCUGAAGUCCAUAGACAAAUGAAUGAUAGCACCAGGAGGAUGAUGAUACACAUCUUUGGACCCCAAGUGGUGUAUAAACCGUGGAUUACGAUACCGAAGAAUAUAAGUGAAGACUAUUAUCACAAGCCAACGCUGUCUUCUUGCUUUCACAAGUGCCCUACGGAAUGCCCAAACACCUACGCUCCCGUAUGCGGGGUGCCAGGCAUCGUGGCGCGGGAACCUUCUAUGAUGUUCCAGAACCACUGCUUCAUGGACGUGGCGCAGUGCAAGAUGCACUGGGAGGACAAGAGCCCCACUGCUGAGAGCUCAGCCUACAUCGAGUCUUCGUUCAUGUUCUGCCUGGGCGACGAGAUGAGCUCGAUGUUCCGCUUCCUACCGCUAGUGCGCACGCUGCAGCACAUGGGCCGUCUGCGGGGCAAGGGCGUGUUCAAGUACCGCGUGCGCAACAUGGGCUUCCUCAACAACAUGCUGCGGAGGGAGCCCCGGCUCAUGGGGGCUGGUCAAGACACACUUGCAUAUAAACAUAGGUUAAGAUACCGCGUCCAGAACAUGGGCUUCCUCAACAACAUGCUGCGCCGGGAGCCCCGCCUCAUAGGUACUCAACUAACAUACCGCGUGCGCAACAUGGGCUUCCUCAACAACAUGCUGCGCCGGGAGCCCCGGCUCAUAGGAUAG